AUGUACAAUGGGGCCUUGUUAGCAGCUACAGAGAAUGUCAUUGUGGCCUCCAUGAAUUACUGCGUGGGGACCCUAGGUUUCCUGUACAUGCCGCCAGAUGCCCCAGGAAACGUUGGCUUGUGGGACCAACAUCUGGCUCUGAAGUGGGUGAGUGAGAACGCAGCUGUGUUUGGCGGUGAUGCAGCCCGGAUAACUCUCUUUGGCGAAAGUGCCGGAGGGGCCGCAGUUGGUUUCCACCUGCUUUCACCGGCAAACCAACCCCUUUUUGCCCGUGCUGUGCUUCAGAGUGGAGUUCCCAAUGCCCCCUGGGGUUGGAAGAAUCCUGAAAAUGCCCUAAGAGAUUCAGCGAUGGUGAGUGGCCUUGUGGGGUACCCUAAAGCUAACCACAGUGCUAUGGUAAGCUGCCUACAGGGGUUGGAAAUGAACAGCAAAAUAUUUGAUGCCUUGCAAACUUUCUUCUCAUUGACAACGGAUGGGGAGUUCCUCCCAGAUGAUCCCUCAAAGCUGCUGGAGAGUGGCCUUGUUCACGGCAAACCCAUUCUCACUGGCGUCACUGCUGAUGAAGGGUCAACUAUGGUAUUUUUUAUGUUUCCUAACAUGACAGUGAAGGAUGCAAUACUGACCCGGGAGCAGGCCCUUAAAGCAGUCAAUGGAACUUUGAAAGGAGCAACCAAACAAAAUCUUGACCAGGAUGUGAUACAGAAGUACACUGAAGGUAGCCAUGGGUCGGAACAAUAUCGUUUGGCCAUGAGUCAUUAUAUGGGAGAUUACUUCUUUGUGUGCCCUCUGCUUGAGUUUGCUGAGAAGGUGGGGAAAGAUAAGAACCAAGUUUAUGUUUACUCCUUCGACCAACGCAAUCCUGACUCUAUUUGGCCUGAAUGGGCGGGGACACCUCAUGGAGCUGAGGUACCUUACUUGUUUGGAAGCGUGGAAUUAGUGUUGCAAACAAACCGGUCGGAGGUGAAGGCCGCUGAAGCAGAAUUGAGCCGCCAAGUGAUGCGAUACUGGGCAGAAUUUGCCAGAAGCGGGUAAGGCAUUAAUCAAACACUUUCGGAUCAUCUGUGUCAUUGAUGGCACCUUUGCGCAGGUUGUGAAUGUGGUUCAGCUUGAAUGUGGUGGGUUGUCUACCUCCCAGCAUGUUUCCUUUGCUAAAAGGCUUCCAUUUUGUGGAGGAUGGGUGGGAUUCUCUCUGUCCAGUCAUUGGGCGUCUCCCUCCCCAGUUCACCCCUCUCACCUGCUCGGUUCUGUGCCAUCCUUGAGGGCUUUUCCCAGACUGGAAUAUGUCCUUAAAGUGAGGUAAUAUUUCUUGCAUGCCUCGAUGGAGAGAUAGAUGUUUUCAUGGCAGGAAUGUAGCCUAUUGUACAAGGCAAGGGUCACAUCCAUUGACCGGCCGACUUUUGGCUCCCUAAAGCUUAUGUAUGAGGUAAUUUGGCCCCUGCUCUGAAAGGCGUUCUCCACCUCUGCUGUAGUUAUCAUGGACAAUGCCUGGCUGCACCUGUGAGUAAGCUUCUAUCACAGCAUGUGUGAUCCUGGGUUGGAGGGACCAUUUUGAGAAACACAGCCAUUUUUCCUAACGUGAAUCUGUUGCCCAUAUACAGGACUGCUGUCAGCAACUGGAAUCCUUGCACAGCUGCCCAGUUCUGAUGUCCGCUAUGGGGCAACUUUUAUUUGUGGCACAGCACUCCCAGCAGCACUGGGAGCAAGGUUUAGACAGCAUUUAAAUCCUGGUGUGGCUUAUCUAUUUAUUGCAUUAUACAACACUGGAAGCUUCACCCUGCAUACCAAUCUGAGGCUGAGAUAUGGCUCUGAUUUCUUUGUUUCCUCUACAGGAAUCCCACUGGGUCCAUGGGAGAUGAGGCACAGUGGCCUGUCUACAACGCCGCAGAGCAGAAGUUCUUCCACAUUGGCACAGAUGUGGCAGCCCAGCUCAAACAGAUGUCACCUAGCCCACAAUGCGAUUUCCUGAGCUCCUUGCAUUCUAAGGCCACACAAACAGGUGUGAUUAGGGCCCUUUUAGGAAAGGAACCAUAUGCAGUUCCCAGCUCUGGAUUAGAAUCACAGAACAGAACCAGAGAAUUGUAGAGUUGGAACAAACCUCAAGGAUCAUUUAGUGCAAGCCCCUGCAGUACAGGAAUAGGCAGGUGGCUCGUGAGGGAAUGAGACCCGUGGCCUUGGCGUGAUCAGAACCAUGCCCCCAGGGCAACCACUAGGAGAAGGGAUAUCACUGAGAGUAGGCAACACUUCUGUGAGGGCUGCACAAAGAGGUGGCAUUGUGGGGCAUAUGUUAUGGGCCCACACCCCAGGAGAGGGACCAUGGACAGGAUCCGUCCCCACCUGCUUCUCUUCUUUACCGUUGCAACCUGCUUGUACACCUGCCUGUCACCCUGGCUCAGACAAGGGGUGGGUGGGUGAAAAGGCAAAGCAGUGGAUGUCCCUGUCUGCUUGCCUCUCCAUCUGGCAAACAAGCCGGUGGUAGCAAUGAGGAGAAAGGUGAAUAAUACCACCGGUGAUAAUGCCAGAGUGGUGGUUGACUCGGUAAGAGAAGGGGCCUCAUGAUGUGUGCUUUGUUCAAGGGCCCUCUGAAAUUUGAAACCAGUGCUAUCUUCUGUGAGCCCAGAAUGUUCUAGAACAAGGCCCAAAUAUGUCCCUCUCUAAGAAAGAGUUGCCUCAGCAUAUCAGGCACCAGUGCUGAAAGCGAAUCAUCAUCUAGCUGUUCUUUCUCACAUCACGGUCCUGUUCAGUUCUCCUCAUGGCCACUUCAAGAAAUUGAGGGCGGUUUUCUUUUAUCAAAGGUUCUCCACAAACUCCCCACAGCAGUAUUGUUCCCUCAGUACUCCAAGGUUCCUCUUCUCCUCUUCCCUCACUGGCUUAACCACCCUCCAAAGGUCAUUCUCCCAACACCCCAAAUCCUUUAGCAACAGGUGCCAAGGCUGCCCUAAACCCUCAGCAUUCACUUGCUUACAAUUCAAUUCUUUCCCUUGUUUUCCCAGGCAACUGGCCUAAUGAAACAUAUUAAAACAGCAAGAACAUUAAACAACCUAACAAAACGACACGAAUAGAUAAAUUAUCUUCCACACAUAUUUUCAUGAGUCCUUGUCCACCUAAAUUGCCGGCAGCUGCAGGAAUGUGCGGAACUGAAUUUAAGAAUGAAGAAAUGAGAAACUGGGAGAACCAAAAUUGGCAGAUCUGUCUAUCUUUAUUGGGUACUGGUCAGGGAUGAUCACCAAAGGUCAACAACAUCUGGAGGGCCACAGGUUCCCCAUCCUCUGCUUUUGAAAAAAGGCCUCAUCAGUUCCCACAGCAUUCUGGUACAGGAGGCAUGAUGGCUGCAUGCUGUGGAAAAGGAAACCUUGUUGUUGUCAUUGUAGGAGUAGCGGCAAUGGUUUUUUUUUUUUAAAUAAAUUGGUAAAGUGAGGGGGGAAAGGAACACCUGUUCCCCUCAGCCACCUCUGAGAGCUUUGCCCCUGAAGCAGCUUAAGACCCCAUCUUCAGUGGGGCAUGAAGGGUACCGUAAAAAUGUGGGGAGGUGGAUUCUGCUUUUGCUUAAAAAACAAGUCAGGAGACUGAGCAAUCACCUGCAUGGAUAGUUGUUUGACUUUCUGCUUAUCAGUUUCCCCCCUCUGUCCCACCUUUGUCUUUCGCAGAAAAAUCUCCAGAAGUUCCUGCUUCAUCUACUUUGGAGAAAGAUGUGAACAGUGCGACAGAAACCUAG